CAUCAUUACUAACGUUCCGGAUAAAUCAGCGAUGAGUAGAUCUUGAGGGCAGAAACGCAGUCGUAGAAGGGGGUCAUCAACAUUCGAGCACGUUCAAUUUUUCACGUUGAUUCUGUAAAGCAUCUGUGAGGAUAGUAUUUAACCGUCAUUCGUGCUAGAACGACCACAACAUUCAUUGCUUAUAGAGGACUGUUUUAUACGCGAAAUAUAUUGACUUCUUAACGUAUUCUGCACAUUUUUAUAGAUUUUUUAAACAUAGGAUCUUUUUUUGUUCUAAUAUUUUUAGAAUAAUAAUAUGUUUUUAUUAAAUAUGUGUGUGUGUUUUGUGUCUUUGGAUUAGUAAAUUUCACACAGUGGUAAGCAGCGAAGCAAUUUCUUGUGGGAAACAGGCAGAGUGGUACAUUGCAAGCUUUACACAUCCAUGAUGUUCGCUUUUGGUCGGCUUUAGUACUGCAAUGAGCGCAGCGUCUAGAAAUUGUAGCUGUUUCAAAUUCAACUGAAUGUGGUGAAGAUGCACCGAGUUUGCAGUAACGGGGAGAUGAUCAGUUCUACUGAAAAGCUAAUAUUUAUAGGACUUUUCAUUCUUUCAUUAGCAUUAUGUGAUACUGCUGAACUACCUUUGAAAGGAGAUAGUCGCUGUCCGGCCUACGAAGGGCAAAAAAUAUGUCCUAAUAGAGCACCAGGCUGUAAUAGCGAUUCUGAAUGCCAGACGUCUAAUGAGCGUUGCUGUAAGACUGCCUGUGGCAAUAAAUGUGUUAUGGGAGAGCUGACAGGAUGCGAACAUUUAGCCCUUGCUGCUACCAAUAGAUUAAACGCUUUAAGUCCAACUAGAAAAAAUCAAACAAUACCAAAAUGUGAUAACGUCACUGGUGAAUUUGAAAAAAUACAGUGCAACGCUGAAGAUACUUAUUGUUGGUGUGUUAAUUCAUUUGGAGAAGAAAUACCUGGAACUUCUGUUACCAACAAAUCAUUUAUUGAUUGCGACAAUCCCAGGCCUUGUCCAGCACACACCUGUCGCAUGCUUUGUCCAUUAGGAUUUGAGAUUCAACAAGAGACUGGUUGCAGAAAAUGUGAAUGCAAGGAUCCUUGUCGGGGAGUAACUUGUCCUGGAGUUGCUCAGUCAUGUGAAUUAAUAGAAGUUCCUUGUGCUCGACCUCCGUGUCCACCUAUUCCUAGUUGUAGGAAAUCUAAAUCAUUUGAAACUAUUUGCCCUAUUGGUGAGCCACUAAAAAUCAUUGAUACACCACGCCCAUACUUAUGUGGAAAUUCUCCUGGAAAACCUAAUUGUCCUCCACUUUAUAAAUGUCUUGUACAACAUAAGCAAGAAUACGGCGUCUGCUGUUCCAUCAACAUCGAUCACAGAAGAUCUGGAUUUUGUCCAGUAAAUGGAUCAGAUAAUUGCAAUCUUAAGUGUACACUUGACUACGAUUGUCCAUCUCCACAAAAAUGUUGCAACAGCAAAAGGUGUGGAUACGGUGUUUGUAUUAUGCCUGAAAAAUUAAGUCUAUGUCAAAAAGACCAACUGUUGGCCGAAUUGCUAAUCGUUUCUGAAAAGCAGGGUCACGGAUAUGUUCCGCAAUGUACAGACGAAGGUGAAUAUAAAGAAAAACAAUGCUCCAGAAAUGGCCUUGUUUGUUGGUGUGUUGAUCCUAACGGAAAAAAAGCAUUUGGCUCCAUGGGUCUUGCAGAAAGAGUUGAUUGCUUAUCAAAUCUUCAAGCCAGGGCUCUUUCCUCUUCCUGUAUUCCCCAACAAUGUGCCCAAGUUUGUCAAUACGGCUUUAAAGAUGACAAUUCUGGUUGUUCAACUUGCGAGUGUAAUAAUCCAUGUCAAGGAUAUCCUUGUCCUGUUGGGGAAGAAUGUGCACUUUUAAAGGAAGCAGGUUGUGUGGACUUCUUAUGUUUAUCAAAACCUGUAUGUAUACAAAAGAAGAUGAAAGAAAAUAUUUGCAUUACUGGAAAUCCUUUAAGUGAUCAAGAAGACAGCAUUUUGAUUUGUUCUGCUAAUAAGACCUGUCCACUUAAUUACAGUUGUACCAUUGUUCCGGAAUUAAGAAAGUCUGUUUGCUGCCCAAUAAUCUCUCGAAUCACAAAAUUACUUUCAAUGUGCGAAUACCUUCGAGAUUUCAACGAGCGAAUGGAGGGAACGACAGAAGGAAUGAAUUUGGCAAUACCGCCUCCUCAGUGCGAAGAAAAUGGUUCUUACAAAGCUCUACAAUAUCACAACGGCGUUUUCUCAUGUGUAAAUGAGCACGGUACUACAUUAAAAAAUGAUAUAGAUGUGAAAAAAAUCGACUGCCAGGAAGUCAGGAAGCUUUUUAGAAUAUGUAGUACAUUUUCCUGUGACUUAAAAUGUCCAUAUGGUUACGAACUGGAUGCAGCUGGAUGCCAACAGUGUCGAUGUAGAGAUCUAUGUAAAGAAGUAAAAUGUGAAAAUCAAAAAAUCUGUGUAAUUAUUGAUGUCAGUUGUGGAAAUAAACAAUUCUGUCCAGGUGUACCAGCAUGUUUACAAACGAAACCAGGUCAGUGUCCUUAUUUGGUUCCCAGUUCAUCAAGCUGCGAAUUACAAUGUAGCAAUGAUCAACAAUGCUCUAAAGGCGACAAAUGUUGUUCUACAGGUUGUGGGACACAAUGUGUCUCUCCUGUUGUUGCCACUGCUUGUCAACAUGCACGAGCUGUUGCUGAACACGAAGCUAGAGAAUCUGGAGAGCCUGCUAGAAGGUCAUAUAUUCCUGGUUGUGAUAGAAACGGAGUUUUUGAUCCAGUUCAGUGUCAUGAUGGCAUGUGUUGGUGUGUUGAUAAUGAAGGUCGUGAAACACCAGGUACUCGUGUCUUGGAAGGAAUAAUUCCCAUAUGUAAUAAACCACAACAUUGUUCUGAAAUUGAUUGUAAACUGGAAUGUCAAGACGGCUUUGAGCUGAAUUUAGAAAGUGGUUGUCCUAUUUGUUCUUGCAGAGAUCCUUGCAAAAAAGUAACAUGCCGUGGUGAAAACGAGGCUUGCAGAAUGGUAGAGGUAGCGUGUAGUGUUUCCCCAUGUCCUCCAGUUCCUGUUUGUUUACCAAAAAAAGAAAAUCCUUGCCCAAAUGGAACUCCUCUUAUUGCUCAAAAUAGUAUGCCUGCGAUUUGCGGCCCACAUGGACGUCACUGUCCUUCUACUCAUAAAUGUGAACUCUCUCCGCUUGAUGAAUAUGCUUUUUGCUGUCCAAAACCUCGUGAUAUAUGUUUUGAACCUCCUCAAAUAGAACCAUGUUCUGGUCAAAGUCUCAAUGAAACUCAACGAUGGUAUUUCGACCCAGAACUUAACGAAUGUCGUCUGAAGAAAGAAUGCAGUAUUGGCCAUAAUGAUUUCUCCAGCAAACAAGUUUGUGAUAUUGUCUGUCCAGUACUCUCUCCAUGCGAAAAGUUACGUGAAACAAAUUUAAGAAAUUCACAAAGACUUAGGCGGCCUACAUUUUUGCCAAGAUGCAAUUCAGACUCAGGAACAUGGGAACCAAUUCAGUGUCUCGAGCAUGUAGGAUUGUGUUGGUGUGUUAACAGAAGAGGCGAUCCAUUAAAAGGAUCCUUAACACGCGGAGGAGAACCAAAAUGUAAUUUCCGACAAGCUAGGAGUGGAAAUGGAUCAAUGGGAAUAGAUACAUCUAUUAAGGAUUACUUAGAAAGUACAUUUAUGGGCUUAGAAAGCAAAGAAAAAAAUGUUAAAGUUUUUGAAACAAGGUGCCGCGCCAUGAAAAAGAAAGGACAUGUUUCAGCCAUUUGUGACAGAAUGGGAAGGUUUGAACCAACACAAUGUGCAGAAGAAACUUGUUGGUGUGUUGACGAGGCAGGAAAUCAAGUCAUUGAUUCUGAAACAUUUUUGAAAGGGACAAAUAUUUGCUUACCAAUAUCCAUUGAAACCAUAAAGGUGACACUUCAGUUUCCUGGAAAGUUUCUUCCUAAUGAAGAACAUCGUUUAACACAAGAAGCAGAAUAUAUAUUAAAAAGAUUUGGAGCUAAAAUUAAAUAUGGAAUUAAAAUUCUAAUAAAUUAUGAUUCAGCUGUUUUGACUUUUGAUAUCAUCGGAUCAAAUAAAGUGGAUGUGGCUUUUCAUUUAGAAGAAUUAAUUAGGUCACAGAACUUUUCUCUCUUAGGGCACGUGGCCGAUGCAACAACUUCACGUUUUAAUCACAAAACGGUUACGAAACCUUUUCAAAGCAGAUUUGUUGUUUUGCAACAAAGAGAAAUAUUUACAGAUGUGCACACUGCAAUAUAUCAAACUGAUACAAUUGUUUUGGGUGCAGCUAGUGCUUUUAUAAUAAUCAGUCUUUUAAUUUUUCUUAUGUUAUAUAGAAAACAGGUAUUUUUUAAAUGAAUGUAUUCAGUUGGAAAUUUAUGUACAUAAACGUAUAACAUUUAGAAGUACAUGUACACGUGAAGAAAUAUUUUCCGAAGUCUUGAAAUAAAGACUGAAGGUAUAGAGGUACAUUUAUAUCUUUAGUAGAAAUUUUUUCUAACACACGCACUGAAAGUACACAAUUUCUCAGGAGUGAAGGAAGGGAAAGUACCUUUCCCGGUGACGUCAUGGACAGGGUGGAAAAGUAAUUUUGUGUAACACCUGCAAGAAAAGUGAUACUUUACUUUAAUGUAAAUGCAACAGAAAGUUGUCGAUUUUUGUGCUUUGAAAUGAGUGCAGAAAAGUGUAUUUUUCCGCACUCAAUGAAGGAAAGUGUACUUUCCUGCACUCUUUCCUGCAAAGCAUAGUAUACUACACUAUAGUAUACUAUACUAUAACAGUUUCAAAUGGCGUUUUUUUAAACUCAGGUGUUACACAAUGUACUAUUUCCUCUAGGUGGUGGUAUUAUUAGAUACAAAAUAUUAAUCAAAGUAUAACCAGUGGUGAAUCUCAAACGUCUAGCACACCACCAGUAAAAAGAAACAACCAAACUACCGAGUUUCUGCUUUCGGUAGGUAUACGUGUUUUAGAAAAAAUAGUAUGUGCAACUCGGGAGGAAAAUGAUUUCAAACUCGUCUUUUAUAGUUCGAGGCGUAGAAAGCGCGCGAGCCAAAGACGAGUACUUGACAGUGAAGCCGAGAAUUACACUAGUUGAAAAUGUAAAUUAAGUUAAUGAAAGAAAGACGUUAUUUAUAUUAAAGGAACAUUAAAUUAUCAAUGGAGAAACAUAAUUUUCUCAAUACUAAUUGUAAUAUGAAUAAAUUUUUGUAAUUAACAAUUAAAUAAUGAUGUAAAUUAUUAAUAAAUUUCCUUGGUGUAUUGAUUAUAA